GGCGUGUAAGUGAGCCCACAAACUCCAGGCCUGAUCCUGCCAGUGGACGUUAAAUGGUUUCAACGAGAGUAUCACAUAUACCAUAGGCGGACGACGAAGAUCUCUGGAGGUAUAAGAAAGGGUCCAAAUGGUGUGAAGGGGAUAGUCUUACUUUUUGAAGGAUACAAACAAUACCUCUAACGUUUCAAUGCUGACACGGAAACCAUAUCUUGGUCUGUCACGCAAACUUGUGCUGGCUUUUGACGUCGGAACAACGUACAGUGGGGUUUCGUACUGCAUCUUGGAUCCAGGAGAAGUGCCGAAAAUACAAGGCGUAGCAAGGUAUCCUGCUCAAGAGCAUGUCGGUGGCGAUUCCAAAAUACCGUCAAUUUUGUGGUAUGACCAACAAGGGGUCGUUCGUGCCGUAGGGGCUGAAGCUCUUCAAGAGCAUAUUCUCGAGCAGGCUGAGGACAGCAAUUGGGUUAAACUAGAAUGGUUCGUGUCACACCAUCCUCACCUGUCUCUUAAUUCGCAUUUCAAAGACGACGACAUUCCUGUGCUGCCCGGAAAUAUGAGUGGAACCAAAGUACUGGGAGAUUUCAUGAAGUAUCUCUACGAAUGCGCGCGCAACUAUAUCCAAGAUACCCAUGCAAAUGGUUCGAAUUUGCUGAAAUCGGUCGAAAAUAAUAUUGAGUUCGUCCUUUCUCAUCCAAACGGAUGGGAAGGACCACAACAAAGUCAAAUCAGGCGAGCUGCAGUCGCUGCAGGCCUUAUUCCUUCAACGCAAGAUGGACAAUCACGGAUUCACCUUGUGACGGAGGGAGAGGCUAGUCUUCACUUCUGUGUCGCAAACGUGUUUGCUUCGGAGAGCAUGUCCAAACCUUUGGGAGUGAUUAUCGUUGACGCGGGCGGUGGUACGAUUGACUUGAGUGCAUACUCUAUGAGCCUAUCGCCACAGUCAUUCGAGGAGAUUGCACCCACAGAAUGUCGUCUGCAAGGGUCAGUUUUCGUAACUUUACGUGCACACACAUUUCUGCGGAACAAACUUCGAGAAUCACGAUUUGGGGACCCGGCGAUCGUGGGGCAAAUGAAAGAGAUUUUUGACAAGACUACAAAAUUGAGAUUCCGGAAUGCGGAGGACCCGUCGUAUAUCAAAUUUGGUACCCUUCGCGACAAGGAUCCCCAGUAUGAGAUCCGUUCUGGCCAGCUAAAAAUGCAGGGGGCCGAUGUUGCAAGUCUAUUCGAGCCAGCUAUUGAAAGCAUCAAAGAGGCAAUCGAACAACAACGUCAAAAGGCGUCGAUGCCUAUCUCGUGGGUCUUUCUGGUUGGAGGGUUUGCUGCGAGCGACUGGCUGUUCUCAAGUUUACAGAAACAUCUACAGCCGCUUGGUAUUCACUUUUGUCGACCUGACAGCCACGUAAACAAAGCUGUCGCAGACGGCGCUGUGUCUUAUUACAUUGACCAUCUUGUUUCCUCUCGUGUGGCACGAUACACAUAUGGAACGGAGUGCGGUGUAGCUUUUGAUCCGACAGAUCCUGAACAUCAGAUCAGAAGGCAAACUGGCACCCGAGUUUCGGAGAGUCAAGAGUUCCGACAGCAAUUCUUUAGAGAAGUUACUUCGAUAAGCGAAUGUGGCCAGGUUGAAGGGGAAAUACAGUGCUAUAGAGGUCCCCUGUCGAAGCCCGCAUGGGUAGACGAGCAGCCAGUUGCCAGCUUCCUCAAGCCAACUAGGCUUGGUGGGGGCAGAAUACAUUACAGAAUAAAGUUCGACGUUGUGCUGCUUUUCGGUUUGACGGAACUGAAAGCACAAGUCAGUUGGAUGGAGGAAGUAAUAUCACAAGGGCAUCCUCCCUGCGCCUCAUCUUGUUUUAGAUUCCCUGCUCAGGACCAUGUCGGUGGGGACUGUAAAAUACCAUCAAUUAUAUACUAUGAUAACGAGGGAGUACCUGUCGCUAUUGGCGGCGAGGCUCUUCAAGAAAGUGUUAUUGAAAGGGCAGAAGACGAAGACUGGAAAAAACUGGAAUGGUGGAAACUUCAUUUACGUCCACGGAAUAUGACUUCGUCUCAUGUCAGCGACCAUGACAUCCCACCUCUCCCUCCGAAUAAAACUGCCGUCCAAGUCCUGGCAGAUUUUAUGAGAUACCUCUUUCAAUGUGCGGAGAAUUACAUCAAAGAGACACACGCCAACGGUCCUGAUAUGUGGGAAUCUAUCAAAACUAACAUUGACUUCGUUUUGAGUCAUCCCAAUGGAUGGGAAGGUGCUCAGCAAAGCCAGAUACGGCGCGCUGCAGUCCUUGCAGGACUUGUCCCGGACACACCUGAUGGGCAAGACAAAAUCCAGCUGGUUACAGAAGGCGAAGCAAGCCUUCAUUUCUGCAUCGGAAGUAACCUCGCAGCUGAUGCUAUGAAGGAUAAUCAAGGUGUUAUUAUCGUUGAUGCAGGAGGAGGAACUAUCGAUGUCAGUGCUUACUAUAUGACGAUGUCACCAGUCUCGUUCGAAGAGAUAGCGCCUGCAGAAUGUCGUUUGCAAGGAUCCGUGUUCGUGAGCCGUCGAGCUCGUGGAUACCUGCAAGGUACUGCCACACAGUCUCCUCAGGAUAUCAAUCAGAUGACAGGAGAAUUUGAUAAAACCACAAAACUCAGAUUCAACAAUCCCUCCGAGCCAUCUUACAUUCGAUUUGGCACAGUGCGCGACAAAGACCUCGCGUUCAACAUCCGUUCUGGUCAACUAAAGCUGCCUGGAGCGGACGUGGCGACGUUAUUUGAACCUUCCGUUACAGCCAUAAUAAAUGCCAUCGAGCAACAACGUCGAAGUGCAACAAAGCCCAUUGAUGCGAUUUUCUUGGUGGGAGGGUUCGCAGCGAGUGACUGGUUGUUCUCAAGGCUGCAGGCCCAUAUCCAGCCCUUGAAUUUGAUGUUCUGUCGACCAGACAGUCAUACGAACAAAGCAGUCGCAGAUGGAGCUGUGUCAUUCUAUCUGGACCACCGUGUUUCGGCACGCAUAGCAAGAUUCACAUACGGCACAAGAUGUUCAAUCGAAUUCGAUAAGCAUAAUUCGCAGCACAUGCUUCGCUCUAAUAUGGCUAUACCGCGUCCUUCAGGAAGGAUGGUCAUUCCUCAUGCAUUUAGCUCUAUUUUGACGAAGGGAACGCGAGUAUCGGAGAGUAAAGAAUUCCGGAAAGCAUUCAUUACGGAAUCCACCGAAGUGACUUCAUGCAAUAAUAUCGCCACGGAGAUUGUCUGCUACAGAGGAGAGGCACUGAGUCCCCGGUGGACUGAUACGGAGCCUGCAAUGUUUUCGACUCUGUGCACUGUGAGAGCGGACACUUCAAAAGUGUCAAAAAACCUCAGUCCGCAAAAAGGAUUUGCAGGACUACAGUUUUAUCGCCAAGAGUUCAGUAUUAUUCUCAUGUUUGGACUUACAGAACUAAAAGCGCAGAUAAGUUGGGUUGCAGACGGUGAAGAGCAGAGGUGA